AUGGUGCCGGCAGUCUGGCCACUGCUGCUUGUCAUCGCAACAGCCUCAUCCACAUGGCUUAAACCAAAUUAUCUCACCGAGCUUGAUUUUCUCAACGCUGCAGAACUGCCUCCACCGACUCGAAGAGCUCGACAUCUUUAUCACGACAUUCGCUUCUCCAAAAGGAGAGCGAAACGUAGUGGUGGAGUAGCUGUGUCAUCGCAAGCGGACAAAGCAGCUGCUUCAUGCAUUGCUACAACGUCAGUUUUAGGCGAGAGCCAAAGAGCAGUCAUUGCGCAAGCCAUUGCUGGAUACCAAGCUCGAACGUGUAUACGAUUCGUGCCCAAGGCACAAACUGACCGUGAUUAUAUUGUGAUCUCCAAACUUGAUGGAUGUUACGCGGAUUUUGCUCGUGUCGGUGGCAGGCAACAAGUAUCUUUAGCGGAUGAAUGUAUGGAUUACGCUACGAUUAUACAUGAACUCAUGCACGUCGUAGGCUUUAUUCAUGAACAUCAAAGAGCGGAUCGAGACAAUUAUGUGGACAUCCUUUAUCAGAACAUCAUCCUAGGCGCCAACUCCGACUUUGAUAAAUUGACACAGUUGGAUCUUUCAUAUUAUGGAGAAGGCUAUGACUAUCUAUCUAUAAUGCACUACGAAAGCGAUGAAGGUAGUAAGAACGGUAGAAAUACGAUAGAAGCGAAGGACCCUCGAUAUACACCACUCAUGGGCAAGGGCAUCGAUUUUUCUCCAUCGGAUUUGAGACGAUUAAAUCGAGCUUAUACUUGCUAUGGCUACUACUUGUAA